AUGUAUAGAGAUGGGAAUGAAUUGUGCCUGGAGACCGACACUGUGAAGGGCGUGAAAAAGAAAGAGGUGCAAGAAUCGUUCCAGGUCGACACCUUCUAUAUUUCAUUGAACUACACUCUCUUCCUAAAUUUAACAUCCAUUUGCAUAGAGCAAGAAAGAGAGGCUCUACUCCAGCUUAGACAAGGCCUCUCAGACCCAUAUCGCUUGCUUUCUUCUUGGAAAGGUGAAGAUUGUUGCAAGUGGAAAGGAGUCACAUGUGAUAGAGUGUAUGGUCAUGUCAUUGAGCUCCAACUUAUACCCCAUACUAUAAGAGACAAAAAUGGUGGUAUUGUUAGUCCCAUGGCACAUAAUUUCUCCAUGUUUGGUAACCUUCAUGGAACAGUUCCUCAACAAUUGGGAAACCUCACCGAGUUGCAAGUCCUUGAUCUUCAUGAUGAUGAUGGAGAUUUGGUCAUUGAUGAUACCCAAUGGGUUUCUCAUCUUCGAUCACUAAAUUACCUCGACAUUAGUGGCUUAAAGAUUGCCAGAGCAAGAGACCUAAUGCAGUACCUUGAUCUUUCAUAUAAUUUCCUCAAAGGUACCAUCGCGAAUGUUAUAUCCCAUAACAUGACUUCUCUCCAGCAUCUCAAUCUCUCAUGGAACUCUCUAGAAUCUUCGAUUCCUACAUGGUUUGACAAGUUCACAAGCCUUGUUGAUGUCAAUCUUGAGGAAAACCAUUUUCUCAGCAUAGAAGGAGGCUUGUUCUCAUUCUUGAAGAGCAAGAAGGACCUCAAAUCAUUGCGAUUGGGUUCUAACCUAAUUGGAGACGAUAUUUCGACGUCUCAAGGGAUUUCGUCGGGAUUCAUAGAUAACAACCUAGUGUGUCUAACCCUGGAUAGUAAUUUUCUUAGAGGUUCUUUGCCAAACUGGUUGGUGCACUUUACACUCCUGAGAAUUUUGUGGCUUAGCUACAACUUCUUCUCGGGUCCAAUUCCUGAAAUCAUCGGAGCAUUGCCAAACUUGGUAGCAUUAGAUCUUUCUGGCAAUCAAUUGAACGGGACCAUUCCAUCAUCGUUUGGCCAACUACGGGCUUUACAAGGCUUGUGUCUUUACAACAAUCAUUUGAGCGGCGCCAUACCCGAUAGUCUUGGAGAACUUUCCCAACUUUCGGUUCUCCAUCUUUUCGGCAAUUCUUUGGGAGGAGCGAUUUCGGAAACCCACUUUUCUAAUCUAUCUAGGUUGCAGUACUUGGAUAUCAGUAACAAUGACAACUUGAUUUUUAAGGCAGAACAUAGCUGGAUACCCCCUUUUCAACUUAAAAUCAUUCGGAUGGAUUCCUGUAAAAUCGGAAGCACGUUUCCCCAAUGGAUGCGGACACAAGUGGAAGUCGAUGAUAUCUCUCUCUUCAACGCUUCAAUCUCCGGGGCUUUGCCAAAAUGGUUAGGCAACAUGACAUUCAACCAUUUCAAUCUCUCGUUCAACCAAAUUACUGGACCCUUGCCCAACAUAUCUUCUCACUGUGACAUUUUAGAUCUCUCCUACAACUUGAUCUCUGGACCUCUUCCUGCCCAUAUCGGGGAGAUAUAUGCAGAUACUCUGUAUCUUAAUGAUAACUUUUUCAAUGGCACGAUACCAUCAUCCUUAUGUGACAUGUCGAAUUUGUCUGAUUUAAAUCUUGGCUAUAAUGAGCUAUCCGGGAGUAUUCCCGACUGUUGGUGUGACUUGUUGAAGUUGUCUGAUUUGAAUCUUGGCGGUAAUGAGCUAUCUGGGAGUAUUCCUGACUGUUGGAAGGGUUUUAGAUUAUCUCACUUGACUUUGUCGUUCAAUAAGCUAUCCGAAGUUAUCCCAAGCUCGAUUGGAUCCUUAUAUCAACUCUUAACCCUGCACUUGAAUGGAAACCGUCUCAAUGGGGAGCUUCCUCUGGCUUUGAGUAAUUGCACAAGCCUAAUAAUUUUAGAUCUUGGAGAGAACAACUUCUCUGGAAGCAUUCCGACAUGGUUCAACGAAAGCUUUUUUCUCUUGAAGAUCAUGAGGCUACGAGAGAAUAGUUUUACUGGCAGCAUCCCUCCACAGCUUUGCUCGCUUUCAGGAUUGCAAAUUCUGGAUAUGGCGAUGAACAAUUUUACUGGGACCAUCCCACGUUGUCUCGGCCAUAUUAGUGGCAUGAAAAACUUCAAUCAAGACAUUCCAUCUCAUCUGGGUUGGAAUCGGGAGCCUGCAGUUGAGAUCAUUAAGGGAAGAUAUAAUGCAUACACCAAAGAAAAUCUAUCUCAUCUGAAUUGGAAUCGAGAGCAUGUGGUUGAGAUCAUGAAGGGAAGAUAUGAUGAAUACACCAAAACUGUUCUACAACUUGUGGUCAAUUUGGAUCUCUCAAGCAACAACUUGAUUGGGCCGAUCCCCAAAGAACUUACUCUCCUCACCGGAAUGCAUGGUUUGAACUUGUCCCACAACCUUCUCUUUGGAGACAUUCCCAUUGGUAUUGGGGACAUUAAGUCACUCGAGUCUCUUGAUCUUGCCAACAAUCACCUCUCGGGAACAAUUCCAAAGGGCAUUUCGGUCCUAACAUUUUUAAGCCACCUCAACCUUUCACACAACAACUUCACGGGGCAGAUUCCGAAAGGCAAUCAAAUCCAAACCCUUGACGAUCCUUCGAUCUAUGCCGGCAAUCCUCUACUCUGCGGGGAUCUUCUAAGAAGAAAAUGCCCUAGUGCUGAGGCGCCUCAAGCACCGAAUACAUCUUACUCCGAAGAUACACAUGAAGAGACUAAGCUUAAGUUGUUGUUCUAUUUGGUCAUAAUGCUUGGGUUUGCGACCGGGUUUUGGAGCUUUUUCGGAGUUUUGCAUUUCAAGAAGGAUUGGAGAUGUGCAUAUUUCGGCUUUGUGGAUCAAGCAAUAGUCAAGGCAUGUGUGGUUACAGCGAUGAAGGUAGCCAAAUUGAAGAGACUGAGACAGCCAAGCAGCACUUAA